AAUGAAUACUAAAAUGGCGGCCCUGUCCUCCUGCCCGCGGGGAGCUGUCUUCUAUCAUGUUUCCCUGUCUCGCUUUAUCUUGCGCGGAGCAGAAGAAAGCGAAGAUUAGCGUCGCCGAUCCAUGGACGGAGGAACCCUAGCUGGAACUUCUUCUUCUACCUCUUUUUCUUAUACUCGGAGCAUGGAUCCUCCUCCGCAAAGUGCUUGGACCGAUGCUCAUGACCGAUUGUUUAUUAGGUGGAAAUCCUUGCGCGAAUCUUCCCAGUGGCCACCGAUAUCAAUUUCAAUUUCGAAAGUUAACCAGUUUGAUGCUGCAAGGUUGGAUGUGGAAAUGUCUGCUAUGUUGAAGGAGCAGCUAGUUAGAGUAUUUUCUUUAUUGAAGCCAGGGUUCUUAUUUCAAUAUGAGGCGGAGCUCGAUGCUUUCCUUGAGUUUCUUAUCUGGAGAUUCUCAAUUUGGGUAGACAAACCAACUCCGGGAAAUGCUCUUAUGAAUUUGAGGUAUAGAGACGAGCGCAGGGCUACCACUGUGGGACAGGAAGUGAGAACAGGACUGGAAGGACCUGGGCUUUCUGUCUCACAAAAAUUAUGGUACUGCCUUACUAGUGUUGGUGGGCAGUAUAUAUGGGCUCGUUUACAGUCAUUCUCUGCUUUUAGACGAUGGGGUGACUCUGAGCAGAGGCCAUUGGCACGACGGAUAUGGGCUUUAAUACAACGUAUCGAAGGCAUUUACAAAGCUGCAGCUUUAAGUAAUUUAUUACUAUUCAUGUACUCUGGAAGGUAUAGAACGCUUAUUGAAAGAACUUUGAAAGCGAGACUUGUGUAUGGAAGCCCUAAUAUGAAUCGGGCUGUUAGCUUUGAGUAUAUGAAUAGACAAUUGGUUUGGAACGAGUUCUCGGAGAUGCUGCUUUUGCUGCUUCCCCUUUUAAACUCAUCUUCAAUUAAAAAAUUUCUUCUCCCUUUCUCCAAAGAUAAAUCAUCUGGAUCUUCCAGCAAUGAAUCAGAAUGCCCAAUAUGCCAUUCAAAUCCCACCAUUCCAUUUGUGGCUCUUCCUUGCCAACACAGGUAUUGCUACUAUUGCCUUCGGACUCGAUGCUCGUCCGUUAGCUCGUAUCGGUGUGCACGAUGCAACGGGCCAGUAGUUGCAAUCCAGAGACACGGAUCAGCUGAAACCAAAGCACCCAGGGAAUAAGUUUAAUUUUUAUUCUUUUCUCCCAAUUGAAGAAUGUUGUUGUUAUAUAACAGCAAUCUAUGAAAUAUUUUUCUUGUUUUUGUAUUUUCAUUCUUCUUAGAAAUCACACCGUAGUUAUCCCCUUUUUUCCCCUCAUUAUAUUGAUAUAGUUAGCUUUGUCCAGGCAAAAAUAUUUUAUUGCAUCUGAACUUUAUUCGUAUCUUCAGAGUUAUAUACACAAAAAAUUGUCAUUGUGGUG